CGCGGGAGAGUUGGUGAAGACUCCUCAGAGUGGUGAUGUCAUUGAGGAGCGAUAAUGCAGUGGAUACUGAUUGGGGUGAUCUUCAUCCUGGCAUCUCAUCGGUCGCGGGACUUAGAGGAAUGCUGUGGCUCUCGGAACUCCUUCCUGGCGCUGGCCACUCCACUCCCACCUCAAGGUUCGGCCGUGAGUAUAAAUCCGUACAUCCGCCACUGGGAGGCCGCCAAAUACGACAGAUCCGAACUCGAAGUCGCUCAUCGUCACCACGAGUUCCAUCGUCGCAGACGUCGACAUGUGGGCUACGAUCCGUCAAAGCCCGACUAUGGUCCUGCUCAUGCCAUCAGAUUGCGUUUCUCGGCUCAUGAUAGAGAAUUCCGAUUGCUGCUCCACGAAGAUCCACAGUCGGUGUUUAGUCCAAAUGUCGAAAUUGAGAACACUCUAGGACCAUUAGACUUUGACGUGUCUCGCAUUUAUAGUGGCACUCUGGAAGAUGAUGAAAACGCGCACGUACACGGUGUUUUGACGUCAGAUAAUCUGUUUGAUGGGACAAUUUCCACCAAUGUUGAGACGUACUAUGUGGAGCCAGCACGGAAAUACUCUAAGGCCUUAGAUGAUGCUGGAAUACAUUCAAUAGUGUACAAAUUGAGUGAUGUCAAGAGCCACCCGUCACUUCAUGCUGAACACUGUGCCAGUGAAAAGUUCCAUCGAAGGCGGGUGCUCAAUAGCUACUUUGGUGGUGAGCGGAAGCGCGCUAAGCGAUGGCUCCCGGAAGAGCUGUCAGAGAGUCAAAAUCCACCACUACCAUUAGAUCUCGACGUGCCGUACAACGAUGACUUCAGCAUCAUAAAUCGCAAUAAUCGAAAUGACGACGACAAAGGCAGCAAUGCUGGAGUCAUUUCCCGCACCAAAUCGAAUCGGCAAAAUAUUCUUGUCGGCAACUACAAUCCCAAUAGUGACUUCAAUCUCCGGAACACGUUCGGCAAUCGCAAUAUAAUAGUGAGCAGUUUUGAUAAUUCAAAAGUGCCAACAACGAUACCAUCCAACUCCUCGAGACCCAGUCACAAGACUCACGUGGAGAUCAUCACGAAGCAUGGUGCCACGAAGAAGCCAAAUAUUAUUGUGAAUAAUUACAAUCCCGAUGUGAUAUUGACACACAACAACUACAACAACUACAUUCACCUUAAUGUUAAGAAUGAGCUGCUGGAGCAAUCCAAGUCGGCGUACGAUAAGAAGAGCACGUGCAUGCUCUACUUGCAGGCAGAUCACACGUUUUUCCAGAAGAUGGGCUCCGAUGAAGCCAGUAUAGAGGCCAUCACUCGCCAUGUACAACGUGCCAAUAUUAUCUACAAAAAUACAGAUUUUAACGGGGAUGGAAAGCCUGACAACAUCACCUUCAUGAUCAAGCGAAUAAAGGUGCACAAUACACAUGCACUGAAGGAUCCAACUUAUCGAUUCCCGGGAAACUAUGGCGUGGAGAAGUUUCUGGAGUUAUUUUCAGAGGAAGAUUACGAUGCAUUCUGUCUGGCGUACAUGUUCACUUAUCGGGAUUUUGAGAUGGGAACACUUGGCUUAGCGUGGACGGGAGAUCUGAAAAAUGCUGGCGGAGUCUGCGAGAAGAAUGGGCAUUAUCGUGGUUCACUGAAGUCACUGAACACAGGCAUUGUGACACUGCUGAAUUAUGGAAAGCACGUUCCACCCGCUGUAUCCCACGUCACAUUGGCCCAUGAGAUUGGCCACAAUUUUGGCUCUCCGCAUGAUCCAGAACAAUGUACGCCGGGUGGAGAAGAUGGAAAUUAUAUUAUGUUCGCGAGGGCCACAUCCGGCGAUAAGCGGAAUAACAAUAAAUUCUCCCCGUGCUCGCUGAAGGCUAUAGAGCCAGUGUUGAACGCCAAAGCGCGCAGCGCCAAGGGAUGCUUUACCGAACCACAAGCGUCCAUAUGUGGCAAUGGCGUGGUGGAGGAUGGCGAGGAGUGUGACUGCGGCUGGGAGGAGGAUUGCAAAGACAAGUGCUGCUAUCCCAUGUCUCGCCAUCCUAGUAUUGACGAGAAGCCGUGCACGCUGACGCCACGGGCGCUGUGCAGCCCAUCUCAGGGCCCGUGCUGCACCGUGGGUUGCACUCUCAAGUUAGGUGACAAGUGCCGCGAUGACAACGGCUGUCGUGAUCCCAGCUUCUGUGAUGGGCGGAUGCCACAGUGUCCGCCGUCGGUCAACAAGCCGAACAAGACAAUCUGCAACAAGGAGUUCGUGUGCUACAUGGGCGAGUGCACGGGAUCCAUUUGCCUGGCCUACGGUCUGGAGUCGUGCCAGUGCAUCCCGGGGCCCUCGGAUCCCACCACGAAGUCCUGCGAGCUGUGCUGCAAAGUUCCGGGCGAGAACAACAUCUGCAAGAGCUCCUUCCUUUGGAAUGAACCACCAUACGACGUGCCCGACAUGUUUGCCAAACCAGGCACUCCAUGCAAUGACUACAAUGGAUACUGUGACGUGUUCCAGAAGUGCCGUGAAGUGGAUCCCUCCGGACCGCUGGCCACGCUGCGGAAACUCCUGCUGUCGGACGAGAGCAUAGCCUCGUUCAAGAAGUGGGUUCAAUCUAAUUGGUACACAGUGGUGCUCAUCAUUAUUGCCAUUCUGGUGCUCCUGGUGCUGAGUACGAAGCUGCUGGGCAAGAAGUCGAACCUGAAACUGAAAACAGUGACAAUAAUACACAGUGCGACAACGGAGACGGUGCGACUGCCGGAGGACAACAACGGCGUGAUUGUUCACACGGCCGUGAGGACGAAGGUGCCGCUGAAGAAGAAGGUACGCGGCGAGCGCUCCAAGAAGUCCAAGUUAACAAAUCAGGUGGCGGACGGUCAGCCGUCCACGAGCCAAAAGACGAAGCCCAGCAAGAGGGUGGCCAAGAGUCGCGAGAGUCCCAAGAAGGUGAUCAAGGCGAAGAAGAAGACGCGCGUGUCAGCGCCUGUGGUGGCGGAGGAGCAGCAACAAAAGCCGCUAGUUACUGAGCUGAGCACGAAGAGGCAGAAGAAGGACAAGAAGACACACAAGGAGAUCAUUGACUACAGCAACAGGACGGAGAAUCACAGCAACACAUUCAGCAAGGUGCACAAGUGGCUGCUGGAGUCUCCGAUAGUGUCACAGCCAGUCACGCAGGUGCAGCACAGCGGCAAAGUGGCGAAUCUCAUGAGCAAGAGUCAGUCUACGCCGGAGAGAUUGACUCAGAGGUCGCCAAAGAAGACGAAAUCUGUGGGAAAUCUCAAUGACAAGGUGAAACUGCAGGUGGUGUACAAACCUCCGUUCAAGUUCAGCUUGAAGCUGUCGAAGAAUCAGUCCGUGAAGACACACGUGAUUGGGAAUCGGGUGGGAAGGAACGCGAGGAAGGUUGUCGGGAGGAUAGAUAAGAAACGCGUUGGCGUACUAAAUGUUGAUCCGGAUACAACGAGGAGACGCACAGCCCUGCUCAUUCGCACUGAAGAAGUGCCUAAGGAGGAGGAACCAGUGAUCAAGGCUCCCAGCGAGCCCAACUAUGAGACUGUGGAGGGCGAGGCACCGUUCUAUGAGAACGUCAACACGGGUAUCAACACUGCCACCUUUCGUGUGGCGAAGAGCUCAAGCGGGGGACAUGUGGACAGUCUGAAUCGCACUAGCAGCCACAAAUCCAACUCCCUGGGCGGCUCCAGUGGCAGCAAUACACUUGAGACAACGAUGCGGAGUCGAGGAAGAUCCGCCAUGCGGGGCAGUGCCACGAACUUGAGCAUGAAGGACUGGCGUGGAAGUGGGCAGAACCUCACUCGCCACUCUGGGGAGGGACUAAUGCGCUCCAGCACCACGAAUCUGAUGUCGCGAUGCCGCGAAGAGGGCAGUCUGGGUCGCGAGAGGAGUCACAGGCUCUCCAGUGGGACUCUGAAUAUUGAUGACGCGUCAAUGCAGCGUCGAAGCAGGAAGAAUAGCACGGCCAGUGUGGCAAAGGUGCCCAUCUCGCGUGCGGCCAGCAACAGCAACCUGAAGAUCCCCUCGCUGAGGCGCGGCAGCAUCGGGAACAUUCCCAGAGCCAGUCUGAAUGCCAGCUACACGAGACAGAACUCCCUGCAGGCGCCGCGGAGUUCUGUGCAGGCCUCGGCGAGGCCGCACACUUCUGGUUGUGACGACGCGACGCCCUUCGAGUGGCCGCCGGUGAAGCGGGCCCGAGAAGAGCCUCUGCCGUCGGAUCUGGAGGUGAUGUGCUCGGACGUGGAGAAUCUGGUGCACGAUCGAUAGAAUCGUCUGUCAAUUAGGGCGCGCAGGCAAUUCCCCCUUGUCAAUUGGCAGAAAUUGACUGCAAAGUCUGAUAAUCCCCGGCGGAGCCCUAUCAUUUGCGGGGCGCGCCGAGGAAAAUGAAUAGGUUUUGUGUGUUUGCGGACACUCGAGUGACGGGGAGAUUUAUGUGAGUGGGUGAGUGGUCGUGUGUCCCUCGAAGUGGGAAUUAUUGGUCCAAAUUGCCGCCCACCUCCCCCACGAGGGCAGCCGAGAAGACAGUCCUGACAAUCCAAUCUUCUCACCCAGUGAUUGCGUUUGAAAAAUUAAUAUAUCGAGUGGUCGGCGAGGGGCGGAGGAGCAGAGAAGAAGAUGAAAAUGGAAAUUCUAGUAAAUGUGCCAAUUCAUUUCUUUUGUAACUUCUUCCAUUAGUCCUAUUUUAAGUUUGUCUCUCGGGAUCUUCUGGCGUCACUCACUCUAUUAUUAUUAUAUUGUGCGAAUAGGAGAAAAAAAACAGCAAGAAAUGCGAAAAUGAGCGACAAGAACAACAGUUAAAGUCUCAGUGCGGAAAAAGAACCUGGAUUAUUUUGAAUGCAAAAAUCUUCGUGUAUGUUUUAUUCCAGAGUUUUCGAGUUUUCUCAUUAAAACCGCUCUUAAUUUGAAGCCUAAUUACUGCCAUUCGUAUAGAUGAUUCUGUGUAAUAUUGAAGUACUUAUCUAGAUAUUUUCUUGCCAAGCAGCCGAAAAAUCAAAGUUUAAAAUAAGUAAGGAAUUUAUUUAAAUACAAAUUAUUCGUGUUCACUCAAUCAGAGAAAAUUGAAUAAUUUUAAAUUAAUUCCUAAAUCUAAUGUGUUAUUAAAGGUAAAAUACUCAAAUUUAAAUUAAAUUCAGGUUCUUUUUCCAGAAAAUCAUAUCGAUAUAAGUUACAUUACUAGUAAUUAUAGGCAUACAUGAGAACAUGAUACUUAGCAUAGAAUCACAGCAAGUGAGUUUUGAAAGUAUUGAAUUGUGUAGGUUUAGCGGGUGAAAUGGGACGAACGAGCACUAAUGAAGAGGAAUAACAUAACUUUGUUAUAUUUCCAUCAGGGAAUUAACGAAUUAGCCAAUAGAUAAACAAUAUGAAUUAAAUAAUAUCUAGAAAUAAUUGUACAUAUUAAUGAAGCCUAAAAAAAAUCUUUUAAAAAUGAAGAAAUAUCACUUAAACCAAUAAUGACGCUUUGACUGUGUAAUUAAAAUAAAGAAGAAGAAACUGUAUAAAUAACAAAUUUUAGAUAUUUAAAUUGAGAAUUUAUAUAUAAAAAAAAGCAUUCCAUUUUUAUUUCAGUGAUUAUUUUAAAUCUUUUCCUCUCCGAAUAUUUGAAUAUAUGAAAUUGUUUAAUGUGCCUAGUCCGUUCUUCGAAACAAACCUUCUUAUAAAAGCGCGUUUAAAGUAUUGCCUCAAUUUUUGAGGUGAAUAUAAAAUCAAUUUCCCUCGUAUUUUGUCGAUGUGCAAGAUCCAAAUUGAGAACAAAACACUCAAGAAGGAAAAUAGAAGCUUCCAAGUCUUUUGAAGAAAACAAGAAGAAGAGAUAUUUUUAAUGAGAGAGAGAGAGAAAGGAGAAAAUUAUUACCUAUUGUGAACACUCUAAAGUAAAAUUUAUAUUUCACAGGAAUAUCGGCAGAUUUUCCCGUGAAAACACUACACAAAACGCAGAUUGUAAGAGAUUAUAUAUACAUAAUGAAUAUAUUUUUAAUCGUUUCCUCUAAACAAGAAUACACCUACCGAGCCAAAAAAGGAAAGGAAUAGCAUUAUCUAUUGAACCUGACGUGAAACAUCUGAAAAGUAUAAGAUUAUCGCACUGUCUUUUAGUAAUUAUUCAAAUUCUAGCUACACUUCACCUUGCUGUGUUUUUCCACGAAGAGCGACAAUUAAAAGAAAAUCAUGAAACGAUUUGAAGAUAUUCAUAAAGUGUUUUAAUUGACAAGAACGUCGCAGAAAAAUUCUUAAUUUUUCUACUCAAGCAGACAAAUUACACAUCAUUUGUUCACUUAAGACAAUGACAAAAACAAGAGAAAUUAUUAAUACUUCAGUAAACAGAAAAAUACAAACGAAAAGAACAUAACGAUAACUUGUACUUUUGUAUUACUAAUAAAUGGAAUUAAUAUAUUGCAAAA